AUGUUCGUAAACGGUGUUGAAUUUAUCAGUUCACGGUUGGAAAACAUUAGUCUAAAUCUGAACUAUCAAAGGAACAUGCAACCAAUGUCCGAGAGACCGCCGCUGUGCCCGAAGGCGCAGCCGCCUCACUUGCACCUGACGCCAUCUGACGGCGGUCAGAAGAAAACAGAUGGAAGCCCGCAAGGAACGGAUAACCCUUGGCUCCUCAAGCCUCAACAUGAGAUUCCCGCCACGCCUCCGCCGCAGAGAAGCCAAGAGGCUAUCAACUUCUUCCCCCAAAGAAUAGGA